CAGCAGUUCAGGAGGGACAGAGAUGGCUCAGCAAUCUGUAGCAGUCCUGCAUUACUCUACAGGACUGGAUAUUGUGAUCCUGAAGAUGACCACGUACAUCUUAUUUGCAUGAAUACUCUCUGCCUAAAAGGUGGUACCCAAAGGAAGUAACAUUCAUCCUGGUUUAACCACUUCCCUACCCCAAGGAACAUUCAGGGAAGACUCAGUUGAACCGCUGCAGCCAUGGCCCUACAGACCCAGCUGGAGAGCACAACUGAGAGGGACUGGAAUAAAGAGAAGAUGGAAUUACUGGAGCGUUUUGACAAUGAGAGGAAAGAGUGGGAAUGUCAAUGGAAAGUCAUGCAGAAGAAAAUAGAAGAGCUUUACCAGGAGGUAAAAUUAAGGCGUGAGAGCAAUAUGAAUGCAUUUGAGAAUAAGGCUAUUCAUUGCAAGGCACCACUACAGUCUCAUUCCCCCACUUCAGAAUGGAGUAAAACCCCAGAAAGCAACAGUUCUGCACCAGCCAAAGAAAGUUUGCCUAGCAAAGCAGAAAAGGAAAACAAGGACACAAGAAACAAGAGGAGAAAUCAUGUUUCUGCAAAAGAUCAUCUUGCCUCUGGGAGCUGCAAAGAAUCCAAAGAUUGCCCAGGCAUGAAAACAACCAAAAAUUACACUCAGGACCUCAAUAUUGCUCUUAAAGAACUUGCUAAAGUGAGUGAGGACCUGUGCAGCUACCAAGAAGAAAUCCGUAAGAAGUCGAACAACAGAAGAAAGAAGUUGUUUCCUGUCCUGGGAGAAUCUGAAGAAACAGAAGUCACACCAAUUAAAACCAAAGAGAUGAACCAUGUGCAUAAGAGUGAUCCACAACCAGCUUCAAUUUUAUUUGAAACAGAGGAACAAAAUAAUAAUAAGAAUUUGAUGGGCAACAACAGGAGCUUGAAGGAGAAUCCAUCCAGUGCUCUUGCUGGGCUGGAUAAAAGUGCCUUUCCCCCCUGGCAAACAAAAGAAGCACCUCCUGUUCCUCCUAGAAGCACUUCUCGGCAUUUGACAAGCUCUUUGUCCCACGUUUCUGAAGCAUUUGUCAAAGAUGUAGGGUACCAGAGCAGCUGUAAGAUCCAAGAUGAUCAGGAUGGAAAUGUAUUUAGUCAUCCCUUUUUGUCCAAGCAGUGUGAUGCUCCAGUGUCCCUGAGUGUUGCUAAUACCCCUGCAGGCACAGGACCCACAGAGAAGACAGAUCCAUCCCUUGAAUGCAAGUCUCUGUCAGGAUUAUGUCACAACACAUGGUCCUGUGAUGCAAGCAGGGUUGGGAGUUGUGCUCAGAAUGACUCUUCCCCACACUCUGUCCAGAAAAGCUGUUCUGAUGGGAACAUGGGGCCUUCAAAACAGCAUCCUCAAUUGCAAAACAGUGUACAUUAUGCCAGGGACAUUUACACCCCUGCAUGUGACACCCUAGGGGAUUCUGGAUAUGGAACUGGAAAAACUCAGCGCAAUGAAACGCUGGAAGCAAAAAUUGAUGAGUUCAACAGAACUGUGUUUCAUACAGAUAAAGGUCAAAAGUGCCUGCAACCGAACCAGAUGCUUUCAGUACCACCUGGGGAUCCCAAACCUCAUUGUCUCCUGCAAGAUGGACAGCCCUGCAGAACACAAAAUGAAGAGUCAGCAGGUGUUCUGAAUCCCAGACUGUCUUCCAAGAAAGAAGAAAAACCAUGCAAACCCAGCAAAAAUGUCAAAACAGGGCAACAAAGGCAACUGAAUGGGCUUCUCAGCGGCUACCAUCAUAUGCUUCAUGAGCAUGACUGGAGGCCAAGUAAUUUGUCUGGUCGCCCACGAUCAGCUGAUUCUCGGUCCAACUAUGGUGUUGUUGAAAAGCUUCUGAAGAACUAUGAGAGAUCGGCCUCCUUGUGGAACUCAAAGUUCCAUCAAGAGCAGUGGGUGCCAUCAAAAGCUGAAUUUACUGAGGGUGGCUGUGAAAAAUUGAGCCAUUAUUUUGAAAUGCUUCAGACUGACCAAGAAAAGCAGGAGCUGCAGAAGACUUCAGUCAAGCCCAUUGGACUUUACACCAAAUAUGGCAAGGAGAAACAGAGAUUUCCUGAGGUCGAUGUGCCAGCAAAACAGUCAAAUGGAAAAGGCUUCUCUCGGCCAGCUCGACCAGCAAACAGACGUUUACCUUCCAGAUGGGCCUCCAGGUCACCCUCAGCACCACCUGUAGUGAAAGGAACAACUCAGAAUGAACUCUCUUGAACUUCUGUUGAGGUGCAUUUGGUAGUGCUGCAAAUGCACUAUAUCUCCUCUGAACUCUCUUUUCUAUGUUCCUGACAAGAACCAAUUGUAUGUUGGUCAAUAAUACCCUGGUGUUUUUGACUUGCAGGAAAAACAGUUUUGAUCCUUAGGUCAUUGUUACAGUCUUCAGUGUUUUUAUAAAUUAGAAAAGGAUGACUCCUCCCAACCCCAAUAUGUUUUUUGUGCAUGUACAUAUAUACAUAUAUUUUGUUAAUGCUCGUAGCAUUUUUCCUUUGAAUAACACAUGCCAAUAUUCAUCUCCCCAAACUUUUUUCCUAUUUUUAAAUAACAUAAAUGUUCUUUAUAUUCUGACCUUUCCCGCAAACAGCAGGAAAAAAAUGCUGUAUGCAUGAUCAUGUGUUUAUAGAUGCAUGUGUUGGAAUAGGAUGUAUAUCAGUCUGUAUUUAGAAGAGGCAAAUUCAAUACUAGUGUUGACACUGAAAUUAUAACAUAUGCCUAUAUACAUGCAUAAACACACACUGUUGUGGUUUAUUCGAAGGUUUGAAAAUAUAUAGCUCUGGUAAUAAUUAUAUUUUGUAUAUCUUUUACAGGUUUCACUGGUCUAGUAUUUGAUAUACAAAGACUAACAUAGGCAUUUUUGGGGGGAACUAUGAUAGAUAAAAGGCAUUUGCACCUAUGUACCAAAAGCUUAGUGGGCUGAUUCCAUAUUCAAGCUUGAUAUUUUCUCUUUCUUUGUUCAUUACUCUAAACUUUACAAUGCUAGGUCCAACAAACUGGACAUAAUUUUUUUGAAUUAAAUAUUUACAAUUUA